UCGCGUUCCGUGCUCGUCGCGUAACGCAAAAUACAUCGCUCGUGUUCGACACGGUCACGCGAACGAAAGAGAAAGAGAAAGAGAGAGAUCAACUCGCAGGCGAGGAUCAAUCGAAGGAGAAAGGGAAGGGGUUGUGAAAGUGCGUGAGAUACGUAGAAGGUGGAGAAGGAAGGUUUUCCAAGUGACGAGCGUCGGGUGAAGGUGUUGGAGGGCGGUCAAGGAUCCAUGAGAGUGCGAGAACGGAGUUGCACGAGUUUCAACCGCAAUCGCGACGCUUGAUUUCGUGGCAUUGUCUGGCUCCCUGCACGCGGUCCACGGUGUAUCAAAGGCGAGGCUCGCCCUCGACGGGGCAACAAAGGAAAUACGAUUGGAGGAGGUGUUCCAUGGAAUAACGACGCAACCAUGAUCAAUAUGAAGUUUUUUCGCGUCGUGCUGGCCCUUCUAGGAGGCACGCACGUCCUCUUCGCCCAGCCAUCCGCCUCGCCUACCGUGAAAAGUACCGAAGACGCGUUCGUUUCCUUCCCUGAAAAGUGUUUUAUCCGGAAAAAAGAGAGAUGUAUUUUUAUGUCGCUCAGGGGGUCACUAAAGAAGUUCCCGGAGAGGAAAGUUUUUCUGAUAACGAUUCGUCUUUGACGACAGGUGGAUCGAGUCUGGCGAGUGUGGUCGCUGGAAGUAAGCCGACGAGACUUUUGAAUAAACCGGAUUUCGACGACAUCGGCCCACGAAAUGUCACCGCCAUUGUUGGCCAAACAGCGGAAUUGAAUUGCUUCGUGAAACAUCCUGGAGACAGAGUGAUAUCCUGGAUGCGUAAAAGGGAUUUACACAUACUCACGUCGUCCAUCUAUACGUACACGGGGGACGAAAGAUUUUCGGUGAAGCAUCCCGAGGCAUCCGACGAAUGGACGUUGAAGAUCGAUUACGUUCAGCAACGUGACGCCGGGGUUUACGAAUGCCAGGUUAACACCGAGCCCAAAAUGAAUUUAGCCUUCGUUUUGACAGUGGAAGAAAGUGCCCCUGUCCCCGCCACCACCACACCGAACGCCAUUCACCGGACGUUCAACUCAGCCGCUCAGGCGAAAAUCGUGGGCCCGGAAGACGUGUACGUGAAGAAGGGUAGCACGAUAAGCCUCACGUGCACCGUUAAUGUGCAAAGUACGCCGCCCAGCAGCGUUUCGUGGCAUCACGGAGGAGAUGUGGUGGAUUUCGACAGUCCCAGCGUUCACCGUAGGGGCGGGGUUUCCUUGGAGACGGAGAAGACGGAAAGCGGCACGACGAGCAGACUUCUGGUGACACAAGCCAGAUUGACCGACAGCGGAAAUUACACCUGCAUUCCCAGCAACGCGAAUCCAGCCAGCGUGAUGGUCCACGUGCUGAAUGGGGAACAUCCAGCGGCCAUGCAACACGGCGGAAGUUGCGGCGUCGCGCCCACCGUUUUAUCGGCGACCCUUACUCUGGUGAUCUCGAANCUGCUAAGGUGAGCGGUAUCGUGCUUGUGAAUCGUGCGACUUCGAAGCCACGGGCUGGUCGAGCUCGUUUCGUGAACCGGUGAGACGGUGCCGGUACCCGAAGGAAGGAGGAGGCGGAG